AUGGUUCAAAUCAAGGCAGCUGCUGCUCUGGUUAUGCUUUUCGCUGGUCCAGUACUUUCUGGACCCGUUGAAGCUCGACAGGCCUCUGUGAGCAUUGAUGCCAAGUUCAAGGCCCAUGGGAAGAAGUAUCUGGGAACUAUUGGUGACCAGUACACCUUCAACAAGAACGCAAAGACCCCGGCAAUUAUCAAAGCUGACUUCGGUCAAUUGACUCCGGAGAAUAGCAUGAAGUGGGAUGCCACUGAGCCAAACCAAGGGCAGUUCUCCUUCACGGGAUCGGACUAUUUGGUCAACUUUGCUCAGUCAAAUGGGAAGCUGAUCCGUGGCCAUACUCUCGUGUGGCACUCUCAACUCCCGUCUUGGGUCAAUUCUAUCUCAGACAAAACAACCCUGACCAAUGUUAUGAAGAAUCACAUUACUACCAUAAUGAACCGGUACAAGGGCAAAAUCUACGCCUGGGACGUCGUGAACGAGAUUUUCAACGAGGAUGGUUCCCUUCGCGACAGUGUUUUCUCCAGGGUGAUCGGUGAAGACUUUGUGCGGAUUGCUUUCGAAACAGCUCGUGCUGCAGAUCCAAGUGCAAAGCUCUACAUCAAUGACUACAACCUGGAUUCCGCCUCCUAUUCUAAGGUGAAUGGUAUGGUUAGCCAUGUCAAAAAAUGGAUUGCUGCUGGUAUCCCAAUUGACGGAAUCGCUAGUGCAGGAACAACAGAGAUCGCCAUCACUGAGCUUGAUAUUGCUGGUGCCAGCUCUACCGACUAUCUAAAUGUUGUUCAAGCUUGCCUGAACCAGGCAAAGUGCAUCGGAAUAACAGUUUGGGGAGUUGCUGACCCAGAUUCGUGGCGCUCCGAGUCAACCCCAUUGCUUUUCGACGGGAACUAUAACCCCAAGGCUGCAUAUAAUGCUAUCGCAUCUGGCAUCUAG